UCCUCUCCACCCGCACCCCCACGCUUACAUACAUACACUCAUGCCUUGUGCCUCCUCCUCAUCAUCAUCAUCAUCAUCACCAUCACGGAUUCACGAUCAGAGACCUUAAUUUAAUUGUGGAGCCAGAGGAGUAGACCAAGGCGAAGAAAGAAGAAGAAGAAGAAGCACAAGCCCUGAAUUGCGGUGGAUUUCCAUAGAAAUAUUGGUCUUCAACUCCUGAAGACCGAUUGAAAGAACUGUUACUGGGUAUUGAACAGGGUGGCUAUUUAUUCUCUGCGUUGAAAAGUUUAGAGAUUGAUCAGUAAAUGGGUAAUCGUGGCCAAAAGCGCACCGAGAUGAUUGAUGAAUUGCCAGCCGAUAAGCGGGCAUGUAGUUCAUUGGAUUUCAGGCCGAGUUCAUCGAACUCAUCGGUUCAGACCCAUAUGAACUCCUCAAAUUCUACACAUGAAACCCAUGACAAUGACAUGGAAACUUCUUCAUCUGCUUCGGCCUCAAGCCGAUCGGAAGGAGAACCUGAGAGGGACUCAGCAUAUGGGUCUUGUGAUUCUGAUGAUGCGGAGCAAAGACACAUCAAUCUUCGUCAGUAUCGUGAUUAUCAGAGACAGAGAUCAUCUGGUGAUCAUGGGAAAUUCAAGAGGAUUUUAACAAGUUUGAGUGAGGAAACUGGGCCUUCUGGGCAAGUGGCUGCCCUCACUGAGUUAUGCGAGGUGUUGUCAUUUUGUACAGAGGAUUCACUCUCAGGCAUGGUUUCAGACUCAUUGUCACCGCUUCUUGUAAACCUCGCAAAGCACGAGACUAACCCGGAAAUAAUGUUACUAGCUAUAAGGGCUAUAACUUAUAUAUGUGAUGUGUAUCCUCGAUCUUCGAAUUUCCUAAUUCGGCAUGAUGCAGUUCCUGCUCUUUGCCAAAGAUUAAUGGCUAUUGAGUACUCGGAUGUUGCUGAACAGUGUAUGCAAGCAUUGGAGAAGAUUUCACGGGAGCAACCACUUGCUUGCUUACAGGGCGGGGCAAUUAUGGCUGUCCUUAAUUAUAUUGACUUCUUCUCAACAACUGUACAGAGAGUUGCUCUUUCCACUGUGGUGAACAUAUGUAAGAAACUUCCUUCUGAAUGUCCUUCACCUUUCAUGGAAGCUGUUCCCAUAUUGUGCAAUCUUCUUCAGUACGAGGAUAGACAGCUUGUCGAAUAUGUUGCUACUUGCUUGAUUAAAAUAGUGGAGCGAGUAAGUGAGUCUUCUGAGUUGCUGGAUGAACUUUGUAAGCACGAGCUGAUUCAUCAAGUCAUACAUCUUAUUGACUUGAAUAGCCGAAUCACUAUAUCCCAACCUAUUUAUAAAGGUCUGAUUGGGAUACUUACCAAACUUUCUUCUGGUUCAUUUGUAGCCUUCAGAACUCUAUAUGAGCUCAAUAUAAGCAGCAUAUUGAAGGAUAUAUUAUCCACUUAUGACCUCUCACAUGGAAUGACUUCUCCUCAUAUGGUGGAUGGCCAUUGCAAUCAGGUUUAUGAAGUUCUUAAGUUGCUUUAUGAGCUUCUACCUACUUCAGCUAGAGAUCCAGAUGUUCAACAGGUGUCAGAUAAGGAAUCAUUUUUAGUUAAUAGCUCCAGUCUUCUGCAAAAAUUUGGGAUGGAUGUACUUCCCUUGUUGAUCCAGGUGGUUAAUUCUGGUGCAAAUUUAUAUGUUUGCUAUGGCUGUCUAUCUGUUAUCAACAAGUUAGUUUAUUUCAGCAAAUCUGAUAUGCUUCUUGAAUUGCUGAAGAAUGCCAACAUUUCAAGUUUUUUAGCUGGAGUAUUCACUCGAAAGGAUCUGCAUGUGCUGUUAGUAGCUCUACAGAUUGCGGAGAUGAUCUUGCAAAAGCUUUCUGAUAUUUUCCUGAACUCCUUUAUCAAGGAAGGCGUCUUUUUUGCUAUUGAUGCACUGUUAACACAAGAAAAUUGUUCGCAGUUGAUGUUUCCAGUGUUCAGUGGCAUCCAGUUGUCAUUUGACUCUAGUCAGAAGUCAGCUUCAAAGGAGGUUCUAAGAUGCUUAUGUUAUGCUUUUGCUACUGGCCAAUCUCCUACAGCAUCAGAAACUGGUAGUUGCAAGCUUGAAAAGGAUUCAGUUCACAAUCUCGCAAAGCACAUAAGGACUAAUUACUUUGCACCAAAUUUAUGUGACUCUGAGAAAGGAGUAACUGAUAUUCUUCAAAAGCUGAGAACUUUUUCUACUACUUUAAGUGAUUUGGUUAACAUGACCAUCGGUAAUGAUGCUUCUGCUCAGCAUGAAGAGAGGUUCUAUCAUAUAUUGCUUCAAAUUAUGGCAAGUCUUAAUGGAAGAGAACCCAUUUCCACUUUUGAGUUUAUUGAAAGCGGGAUUGUGAGAUCGUUGCUGAAUUACUUAUCCAAUGGCCAGUACCUUGGAGAAAAGGGUAAGGCUCAGGUGGGGAAUGGUAAUUUCUUUGUUGUAGAAAAACGAUUUGAGGUGUUUGCAAGGCUAUUCUUGUCUUCUUCAGAGCCCCAUUUUGUGGAAUUACCUCUAUUUGUGCUGAUACAAAAAUUACAAAGUGCACUAUCUUCUUUGGAAAAUUUCCCUGUUAUUUUGAGUCAUGGAUCCAAGCAAAGGAACUCAUAUGCUAUGAUCCCAAAUGGACGCCGUGCAUUACAUCCGUGUCUAAAAGUUCGUUUUGUGCGAGGAGAGGGGGAGACUUGCAUUUGUGCGUAUUCUGAAGAUGUUCAGACUGUUGACCCUUUUUCCUCUUUAGAUGCCAUUGAAGGAUUUCUGUGGCCUAAAGUUAAUAUUAAAAGAAAUGAGAACAUUAAUCCACCCAGUUGCUCUAAGGGCCAAACAGAGAGUUUACCACUUGACUUACCAUCAAAUGCAAGAACUAGUCCAGGAGAAAGUCCAGAUGCCAUGGAUCCUGACAGUAUAUCUACAGAUUUGCCUAAUAUGCAGGAGGAUAAUGCGAACUUGUCUCAGCCUGGUCCUGAACAAGCAGUCAAUCAAUCUACAGAGCAAGAAAUACAACUUCCUUUGGAACCAGAUGCCAGUAUGGAAAUGCAGCAUCCUGCAUCUUGUAGUGAUGAAGGUGCUUCACAAAAACUGGUAUUUUACCUUGAAGGACAACAGCUGGAUCAGACAUUGACACUAUACCAAGUGAUUCUCCAAAAACAAAUGAGAGAACAUGAAUUUAUUACUGGUGCAAAAUUGUGGAGUCAAGUUUACACAUUAACAUAUAAAAGAGCUGCAGAACCUAUACAAGGUGAUUCUCAAGAAUGUCUUCAGUCAGACCAAAAUUUCUGUGUAUCAGAUAAAGUCGGGGCAUAUAUUCAAUACACUCCAUUUUUCUCUAGCAUGUUUGCUUGUGAACUCACUUCUGACUUGGAGAGGUCAAGUUCUACUUAUGAUAUAUUAUUUCUGCUCAAAAGCUUGGAACGCUUGCACAGGAUUACAUUUCAUCUGCUGUCUCGUGAAAGAAUAUGUGCUUUUGCUGAAGGUAAAAUUGAUAACUUGGAUAGUCUGAAGGUGAGAGUUCCUUCAGUGCCACAGAAUGAGUUUGUAAGCAGUAAGUUGACAGAAAAACUAGAACAGCAGAUGCGGGACUCUCUGUCUGUGUCCCCUGGUGGUAUGCCUUCUUGGUGUAAGCAGUUAAUGGCUUCGUGCCCUUUUUUGUUUAGUUUUGAGGCAAGGUGCAAGUACUUCCGGUUAGCAGCAUUUGGUCAAUUGCAAGUUCAAUCUCAUCAAUUGUCUCAAAGCAAUUCAGGAGCCACAAGUGACAGGCGACCCAGCUCUGGCAGCUCGCCGCGUAAGAAAUUUUUAGUUUUCCGCAACCAGAUUCUGGCCUCUGCUGCACAAAUGAUGGACAUGCAUGCCCGUCAUAAAGUGCCUAUUGAAAUUGAAUACAGUGAAGAAGUUGGUACUGGUCUUGGUCCGACAUUGGAAUUUUAUACCCUGGUUAGUCAUGAGUUCCAGAAGUCUGGCCUAGGAAUGUGGAGGGAGGAGGCAUUUGCCUCCAGGACAAGUUUGCAGGUUGAGGAUAUGGGAAUUCUUGUGUCACCUUUUGGACUUUUCCCAUGCCCAUGGCCAUCUACGUUGAAUGCAUCCAAUGAAAAAUUUUACGAAGUAAUCAAAAAGUUUGUCCUUUUGGGCCAAGUAGUUGCAAAGUCUCUUCAAGAUGGAAGGGUCUUGGAUCUGCAUUUCUCCGAAGCCUUCUACAAAAUUAUCCUUGGCCAGGAACUUACUUUGUAUGACAUCCAGUCAUUUGAUCCUGAGCUCGGUAGGACAUUGCUAGAGUUUCAGGCUCUUGUUAAUAGAAAAAUGUUUCUGGAAACUAUUAAUGAAGAAAAUUCACCACCUGAAUUCGACUUAUGCUUUCGGGAUACCAGAAUUGAGGAUCUUUGCCUUGAUUUUACUCUUCCUGGGUAUCCUGAUUAUGUACUUGCUUCUGGGCCUGAUCAUGAAAUGGUUAAUAUGAGAAACUUGGAGGAAUAUCUUUCGCUCAUUGUUGAUGCAACUAUAAAUGCUGGAAUUUCCAGACAGGUGGAAGCUUUUAAAUCUGGAUUUAACCAGGUUUUCCCCAUUGAACAUCUUCAGAUUUUUACUGAAGAGGAACUAGAGCGUUUACUAUGUGGAGAACGUGAUUCUUGGGCUUUCAAUGAGCUCCUGGAUCAUAUCAAGUUUGAUCAUGGAUACACAGCUAGCAGUCCUCCCAUUGUCAAUUUGCUGGAAAUUAUACAAGAAUUUGACCAUGGACAGCGACGAGCAUUUCUGCAGUUUGUUACUGGGGCACCUAGGCUUCCUCCAGGAGGUUUAGCCUCUCUCAGUCCAAAGUUGACUAUUGUACGAAAACAUUGUAGCAACUGGGCUGACGCAGACCUACCUAGUGUGAUGACAUGUGCAAAUUAUCUUAAGCUACCAGCUUACUCUUCAAAAGAGAGGAUGAAAGAAAAGCUCUUAUAUGCCAUAACAGAAGGACAAGGAUCAUUUCACCUAUCAUAGCUUCUAAUAUCUAUGACCAACAGGUUCAUCAAUUGUGAAAAUUGUAAUUAUUAGAGUAGGUGCUGGUGGUGUAGAUAAAAAGAAUGGUGGCUGGUAGACUGGUAGUGGUGUUGCUGAUUGUUGAAGAGGAGCCGAUUGCCGUGGAACAAAAGGAAGCUUCUGUCUUCGCUGACUAUAUUUGGUGGGAUAUGUAAGUACCUGUAAAUACAGGUGGUUGAUUUACUUCAUGUUAGGGAGAUGUACAGGAAAGAAUGGGGGAUUUCAGAUAGAUGGUUUUAUUAAGCCGUGUAUAGAGAUCUUAAUCAUAAUAUAGUUGCUCUUUCUACCUGUUGCAAUCAAAAAUAGUUUUAUCAGCA